GGGGAAGCAGUAGGCGGUUAGAGAAAUGAGAACUCCUCUCCUCUGAGCGGUCAUUUUAAAGCGACGUCCGUUAAUUAUGACGUGGCAACAGCUGCAUCAGCUGUUGAGUGUUUAGUCAUAGCGCUGUAUUUUAUAAUCUCUGUUAGAUCAGCUGAACAUUGUUCCCCCACAUAUGUACAUUUAAUUCAAUUUGCAACAAGGCAUAGUAUGACAAGAAUGUAUGAAUAUUUUCAACACAUAGGCCUAGCAUCUCUUCUGUAUUGUGCCGCACUAAAACAUUAGUAUGAAAAAUACCCUACAAAUAAAGGGAGACAUGCAUAUACAUUAGGCUUAUAUACGUUUGAUAUAUUCACACACACAAAAGCCUAAAAAACCCAAUGACUGUCUAUACACUAUACACAGUAUGUUUACCUUUUUAAACUAGUAGGCUUAAUGACAUGAUAGGUCAUCAAGUCACAUUUCUUUGACAAAACACCUGUACCGAAUUUCUAAUCAAUUACCGAAUCAUGAGGGACCUGACAGCCUAUAUAAGGUCCAGGCACACCUCUGAUCUAUAUCUCAACCACGACGGAGAUAUUGAGAUAUAGGCUAUGAAGACUGCAAUACUGUGUGCCUUAUGGAAGUGGAACCAGCUGCAGAAAACCAAAUCCCGUGAGGAAAGACGCUGUUCCCAGCGCUGGAAAGCGAGAAUGCGCAAUGCCAUCCUGCUUCAUCUUGAGGUUCAGCACCCACACAAUCCCAUCUACAGACAAUUGAACAGCAGUGUCCCCCUGCUGAAGCUGUACCUCGAGGGUGAUGGGUGCCUGCUCAAGGAUUACUGAAUCAGCCGUAACUCCCUGGAGGCCUUGAUGCGGUGUCUGGGGCCUGAGAGGAGACAGGCCUGGGGACACCACAUGACUAUUUUGACGACUGUGUACUGGCUGGAACACGGUUUGUCCUACAGUGUGGUGUCCCGAGCCUUUCAGGUACCCCUCUCCACGGUCCACAGACUGGUCCACCAGGGAGUGGAGGACAUCGCUGCUCUCCGGCAUUCCCUUAUCAAGCUGCCUGCUGGUCCAGAGCUGGAGGAGGUCGGGCAGGGCUUCCAGCAGUUGGCCAACAGUCCGGCAUCCAUACAGCUGCAGGCUGUAUGCGAUGGGAAGGGGAAAUUCCUCCAAACAUUCGUUGGAUUUCCGGGCUCAGUCCACGACACCCGUGUCCUAAAACACAGUGCCCUGUAUAAAGAGGCUCUUUACCCUCCUCCAGGGUACUUCAUUGUGGGGGAUGGUGGCUACCCCUGCAUUGUACACCCUAUAGUGAUCGUAACCCCGUAUCGGGAGCCACUACAGGGGAGAGUACAGAGCCGAUUCAACGGCUGCCAUGCCAAAGCGCGCUGCAUAAUCGAGCGCACUUUCGGGAAACUGAAGGUGCGAUGGAGGUGCCUCCUGACGAAGGCCCUGGAGGUGAACAAUAACUUUGUCCCUGCUGUGGUCACUGCCUGCUGUGUCCUACACAAAAUCUGCCUUACUGCAGGAGACAUUCUUGAAGUGCCAUCACAGAAUUUCGUCUGA